UAGAUCUAACAGCAAGAUCCCUACUCCUCGACUCCUGCCCCUCGCUUUCCGUCUCCGCCCCCCGCUUCUUCAGUUAGUUGAUGAGCAUAAAAGAAGCCAUAUCGGACAUGGAGAGAGAAAGAGGAGAACUGAUUUGUUGAUGAUCGGACUCCAAUCACCCUAAACAAAAUCAGUAUUACCAAAGGAAAAGGAAGAGAUUGAUCGAUUAAUUUCAUAGGUUGAGUUGAUUUGAACGCGAUGGGCCGAGGUCCUGCAACGUGCGGUGGCAAGAGAGCUCUUGGUUGGUGCCGACUGCUUUGUGAGGAGGCAAUUGAGGGGAGGUCCGGCAGCGGAUUCCUAUAUUGUCGAUGGAUCUUAUCGAUGUUUUGCAUCUUUACAAUGAUAAGCUAUCUAAUGUGAUUAUUAUUAUUAUUGUUGUAAAAACCUGAGAUAAUAUGUGGUUUAAUAUAUUUGUCUUCACCCAUUGCAACGCGCAGGUAUUCUUGCUAGUCGAGUGUACGGAAGAAGAGAACAAAAAUAUUAAACCAAGUUCACCAUAUCGUAUCCUGUUGCAACGCACCCAGCAGCUAGUUUCUUGGAAAAAGGUAAGUGGGUCCGGUGCAAUUGUGCAAAUCCCCCUCCCUCUGUCCCUCACCGGUGUGUGGCCUCGCUUCCCAUUGGCUCCGGCGCCCUCGAUUCGUACGGUGAACGGCAAGGCACACCGCGGCUUAAACACAGCGUUUGCUCGGUUGCACCGGAAACCUCACCUCACUCUCCUCAGCUAGCUGCUUAAUUACUUGCAGCUAGCUCAGCUGCCCGGAAUGGUGGAGAUGGACGCCGGCGGCCGGCCGGAGCCAAGUCCACCGUCGGGCCAGUGCUCCUCCGCCGUCACCAUGCGCAUCAACGCGCCCGUCCACCUCGUUUGGUCCAUAGUGAGAAGAUUUGAAGAGCCACACAUCUUCCAGCCCUUCGUGCGCGGCUGCACGAUGCGAGGGAGUACUAGUCUCGCCGUUGGUUGUGUGCGAGAGGUUGAUUUCAAGUCGGGCUUCCCUGCCAAGAGCAGUGUAGAAAGGCUUGAGAUCCUUGACGACAAGGAGCACGUCUUCGGUGUCAGGAUCAUUGGAGGUGACCAUAGGCUCAAGAAUUACUCGUCAGUGUUGACGGCCAAGCCCGAGGUCAUCGACGGCGAGCCGGCGACGCUGGUGUCGGAGUCCUUCGUCGUCGACGUCCCCGAAGGGAACACCGCCGACGAGACGCGCCACUUCGUCGAGUUCCUCAUCCGGUGCAACCUCAGGUCACUCGCGAUGGUUUCUCAACGUCUCCUGCUUGCCCAGGGGGAUCUCGCCGAGCCUCCUGCACAAUGACUGGAUUUUAGACCAGACAUUAAUUGGAGGGUUUUUUUUUUUUGCAUUGUUGGCUUGUUGCCAUUUGCAUAGCAGCAGCAAAAUUGGGGUAAUCCCAGAAGUAUACAUAUUCUUUUA